GUCGUAAAGAUAACACCGCGUGGCCGCAACAUUUGACGGCAAAUUGUGAUUUGAAACAUUUUUGUUAUGGCUUCUUCGUUGAUUUGCAGCAACACGAAAAGCAGGGUGAGUUCAGUGUUAAACAGAGACGUGAAACAGUAUGGAAAGAAGUACAUGUUCGACUGUAAUGAAGAGACGUGCUGGAAUUCAGACCAGGGUGAAUGUCAAUGGGUGUUGCUGGAGUUCCCCAAGUCUGUAAGGGUGUUGGAGGUAAAGGUCCAAUUCCAGGGAGGUUUCUCAGCCAAAACCUGCAGAUUAGAAGGUUGCCUCAAAGAAGGAGACUUCACUGUGCUUAGCCAUUUUUACCCAGAGGACAACAAUUCUCUUCAGAGCUUUCCCAUACAGGAGGCUUCUGCAGUGGACAAAGUAAAAAUAAUGUUUGAGAAUAGUGCUGACUUUUUUGGGAGAAUAAUUGUUUACUCCUUGGAUGUCCUGGGGGAAAAAGCCUCAUGACCACUUUCUUUUUUCAAUCUAUCAUGAGAGAGGAAAUGACCCCUGGGUGAAGUACAGGAUGGUGUGGUGGCACUUGGGAAACAUGUCAUCUACGCCAGCACCUUGUGAACUGACGUGAACGUGGCCUUUUUUGGUAUAAAUGAAUUCAGGGAUCUGUCAGGCAGUCUCACUCAACAUCACCAAAACACUCGUUGCUUUGUUUUGUGAUUUCUGACUGCAGGUUUAUGAAUGUUCUGUAAUCAUAUAAAGUGGUGUGUUUGGCUCUUUAUCCUGUAUUGUGCCUUUUUAUUUAAUCACCAUUCCACUU